GUGUGUGUGUGUGUGUGUGUGUGUGUGUGUGUGUGUGUGAUGCUGUUCUCCUGUGUUCAGGGCCGCAGGCUGAAGGAGCAGCAGGACGUGGCUGCAGCCGUCAUCCAGAGAUGCUACAGGAAGUACAAACAGUACGCUCUUUACAAGAAGAUGACCCAGGCGGCCAUCUUGAUCCAGUCUAAGUUCCGCUCGUACUACGAGCAGAAGCGGUUCCAGCAGAGCCGGCGGGCGGCCGUGCUGAUCCAGCAGUACUACCGCAGCUACAAGGAGUACGAGAGGCUGAAGCAGGCGCCGCGGGGGGCCGCCAGCCACAACCCCAAGAUCAAGGGGUCGUUCCUGACGAAGAAACAAGACCAGGCAGCGAGGAAGAUCAUGAGGUUCCUGAGACGCUGCAGACACAGGUAUCCCAUAAAU